UCUUGAAGACAGACGUGCAGGAGAGAAGAGUUUCUUCAAGACGGGAAGAAAUGGGGUUCGUAAGCGUCCAGCCCAUUCAAUACACCACUGACUGCAAGGAUGACAACUUUGAUGGCAUAGUUUUGGUGGCCAAGGGUUUUGAGGACCUGCCCGAUGAGCUGAAAUGUUUGCAGAGACCACUGCAGGACUACAGCUCUGUGGACUGUGGGCUCAAUGAGGAGGUGGUGCUGAUAAAGGUGCCAGGAAUUCCCGGGAAUAGACUGGUGUUUGCCUCCACGGGUCCCGUUAAUCGGGACUAUGAUGAUGUCAGGAGGUUCAGUGAUGCUGCUGUCAAUGGGAUCAAAAGGGCAAUGAAAGCUGGCGUUCAGCGCCCUCUGCUGGUGUGUCCCCCCCACAGCAGCUAUGAAAACACCCCCCUUGUGGCAACUCUCGGAGCUCUCCAUGCACUGUACAUGCCCCUUGAGAUUCGGGAAGCUAAGCUGAAACCGUCCCCCCACAAGGUUACAGUGUUGGGUGUGUGGGUCAAGACGGAGGAAGAGGGAAAGAAGCUUGUUCAUCUGGCUGUUGCACUUGAGGCUGGAAGGCUGGUGUGUCGCGACAUUGGUGGGUCUGACCCUGAGCGCAUGGCUGCCCCUCGCGUGGCGGAAUACGUCGAGGCCCUCUUCAAGGACAGCCCUGUGGAUGUCAGUGUGGUGAGCGACGUGAGCGUGCUGGAGAAGGAGUACCCUUGCCUGGCUGCGGUCAACCGCUGUGCCAGUGGUGUGCCUCGUCACCAGGGCAGAGUGAUCAAGCUGCAGUACUGUGGGGAGGAACCCACUAAGGUGACACUGAUGCUGGUGGGCAAGGGCAUCACCUACGACACUGGUGGAGCAGACAUCAAGGCUGGAGGGAUCAUGGCUGGCAUGCACAGGGACAAGUGUGGUGCUGCUGCCGUGGCAGGCUUCUUCCAGGUCCUGGCUGAACUCAAACCCAAACACAUCAAGGUGAUAGGUGCUAUGGCAAUGGUGCGGAACAGUGUGGGGUCAGACUGCUACGUGUCCGACGAGCUGGUGGUGUCGCGGGCGGGGCGCCGGGUGCGCGUGGGGAACACCGAUGCAGAGGGCCGCAUGGUGAUGGUAGACCUGCUGUGUGAGAUGAAGGAGAAGGCGGAGCGGGAAGUGUCCCCUCAGCUGUUUACCAUUGCCACUCUGACCGGACACGCCAUCCGAGCCAUGGGCCCCAAUUACUCCAUUAUCAUGGAUAAUGGAGCUGCUCACCGCUCUGGCAACGCCCAGCUGUGGCAAAAGGCCGGGGAGGAGCUGGGUGACGUGUUCGAGGUGUCCAGGAUUCGCCGGGAGGACUACGACUUUCACUGCGGUAAAUCCGAGUACGAGGACAUUCUGCAGUGCAACAACCUGCCGUCCAGUGCUACUCCCCGAGGACACCAGACCCCAGCUGCCUUCCUCAUCAUGGCGUCUGGCUUAGACAAGCAUGGCGUGGACUCUAACUCACCCCUGCCAUACUCCCACAUUGACAUCGCUGGUUCCAGCGGACCCUUUCCUGGUGUUCCCACUGGAGCCCCCAUCCUCGCCAUGGCGACCCACUACGUCCUGCCCAACCUCUGAAAGCUUCCUGCUUCUAUCUGUCCACGAACAGCAUAUAUACAUCCUGUCCAAUUACAAAACUAAGUAAUCUGUCCUCUGAGGGAAAAAAGUAAACAAAAAGUGACAAAUUCCUUCCACUUUACAAGCAAUGGUGUUGGUGCACAUUAUGUUUAACAAUGUACGUUAAUGCAUA